UUCCAUUUCAAAGAUCCUGAAAUCGCAGGUAGCUCAAGCAUCAGGUCCUCGUUUAUACCACCAGUAGAAAGUGAAACAGCCAUGGAGAUAGAGGAGCACAAUGAAAACAUGGAGAACACUGAGUUGCCGAUUGUAGAAAAGCGGAUGGAAGGUACAAGCUACAUCCCCUUGUACCACAUCACUAAGGAAGAUGAAAACACAGCGUUGUUAAGGAAGGAAUGCGAAUUGAAGCGUGCUAAAGUCAAAUUGUCGCUGCUUGAAAGCUUGGAGAACAUUCGAUACGACAAUCGGGUAAAGGAACUGGACAGAUUCCAGGAGAAAAUGGGCAUAAACCCGGAUGAACGACCUAAGCAUGACAGAAGUUGUGAACAAAAAGAGGAAAUCAAAGAAUCGGAUGAGUACAAUGAAGCAAUUGAUAUGUUGGCAUCGCUGCUUGAUGCUUAAUUGUGG